AUGGCUGGCAUCCGAAUGAAUAAGAGUUUCAGAUCUCUCGUUGUUGGCGCUGGUGGAUUCGAGAACCUUCCAUUUUCAGAAAAGGAUUGUCGUAAUUAUAUCUACAAGGCAAUACAUCUAAGGCUUGGGAAAUGUGGUGCUGAAGCGCUUCGAGAGGAAGUUCAGAUGCAACUUACUGGCAUUAUUGAUUUGGAUCCAGAGUUACUUAAGAGGGAUGGUGCAGUAAAGACCUAUCUGGUAGAGGACGAAGUUCGGGUUGAAGAGUUCACUAAGUUGGUUACAUUUUCUGUGGACUUUAGUGAGGAAGAUGCAGAUGCUAAGUGUUCAUGUGGUUUAUUCCAGAUUAGGGGUAUAUUGUGCAGGCACAUUCUCGCUGUAUUUAAAUGUAACGGGAUAAAAUCCCUACCAGAGAAGUACAUUUUAGACCGAUGGAGGAAUGAUAUCAAAAGGAGAUACACGUUAAUCGAUACCAGCUAUGAUGCAGGGGAUCAACAGCCAGAUGCUUCCAGAUAUUCAAGUCUAUUAAAAAUCUGUUAUCAAAUGAUUACUCAUGCAGCGGGUUCAAAAAAACAUACUGAGGAUGCCACACAUAAGUUACACGCAAUGAUUGAAUUAUAUACUGAGAAUCAAGAACCCCCAUCGAUGACCCUCACUGGUUCGAAUGUUGGUUGUACUCAAAAUGACACAGCCACAGUGGGUAGCUCAAAACAAGUACUUAGUCCAUUAGUUGUCAGAGGGAAAGGCAUACCCCCAUCCCUGAGGAGAGCAUCCAGAAUGGAGAAAGAUAUGCGAAGAGUUAAAGGAAAGACAAAGAAAGCACAAUUGAAACGGAAAUAG